AUGGAGAAAGAGAUGGAGAAAGAGAUGGAAAAAGAGAACAUGCCUGCAUCUGGAGCCACCUGUAACUCCCAAGGGAAGUGCCUGGAGAAAAGGCUUGGAAAAACCAUGGCCUCGGGUACAGCUCUGACCAUGAGGGAGGAAGCCACCUGCCCCAUCUGCCUGGAGCUGAUGACUGAGCCCGUGAUCAUAGACUGUGGACACAUCUACUGCCAAUCCUGUAUAAUGAAAAAUAUUGAGAACCAGCAACAGAAGUCACCGUCAAAAGGAAACUUCCAGUGUCCUGUAUGUAGGUCGCAGUUUAAAAGGGAGAGCAUCCGUCCCAGUAAGCAGCUAGGAAACCUCAUUGACACCAUUAAGAAGAUGGAGCAGGAAUAUUUGUGUGAAGAACACGGAGAGAAGCUCUUCCUGUUCUGUGAAGAUGAUGGUCAGCUUGUCUGCUGGUUUUGCGAGCGGAAACCACAGCACAAAGGGCACACCACUGUCCUUGCUGUCAAUGCCUAUCAAGGCUACAAGAAAAAGUUCCAAGAAACUUUGACAUCCCUAAGGGAUCAAGAAGCCAAAAAUAAGGAAUGUCAAGGUAACAUAAGAGAGAAAAUAAGAAAAGUUCAGGAUGUGACAGACACUUUGGACAGGAUUUCUGCUAUGAAUUUAAACACACCAGAGGAUGUCUCAUCGGAUAUUUAUGCUCAGCCUGAUCUUUAUAACAUUUUCUUUAAAUUGAUAAAAAUGUUUGAGACUGAUUAUGUUGCUAACAGAUGGGGAUUUUUAGUCAUUAUUGGACUGAGAGCCUCAGUGACCAAAACUAAAUUGCUCUGUGAAUGCUGUGAGCUCAGGGAUCACUCCUGGAAACAUUUUGAGAUGCCGGGAUCAAAUGCAGUUACAGUUACUCUAGAUCCAGAUACAGCUUACAAUAAACUACUUCUGAACAAGGAUGAAAACAAGGUGACUGGUGGAUCCCCCCAAGUGAAGCAUGAGACUCCUGCUAGGUUCAAAGACUUACCCUGUGUCCUGGGAUAUGAGACCAUCACCUCAGAAAAACAUUACUUUGGAAUAUAUAGUAUAAGAGGACCCGAGUGGGAUGUCGGAGUUUGUUGGGAAAAUGUGUCAAGAGACAAUGACAUGAGACGGGAUCCUGAGUCUGGAUUCUGGGCCAUCAGACGUUGCAAAGAUGAUGAUUAUGUAGCUCUUACGUCUCCCCUAACUCCUCUUUCUCUGGAGAAUGUUAAUAACAUAGGGGUUUUUGUGGACUAUGAGGCUGGACUUCUCUCCUUUUAUGAUGAGGACUCUUGUUCUCACAUCUUCACUUUCCCAAAGGCCUCUUUCUCUGACCCUAUCAGGCCUUAUUUUCGUGUUGGUGAAGAUUCUGCUCUGUACACAUGGCCACAAAGCCUUUAAAAAUUGUUUAAAAAAAUGUGAGAUUUGUAAGAAAAGGAGCACAGUAUCC